AUGUUACAAAAUCACAAUUCCGAUUCUAUGUUGUUGCAGGAUGAUAGAGAGAUGAAGCAGAAAGGAAAAGUAAUUGUGUGUGCUGGUAGUACUGGAGUUGGAAAGUCAGCCCUUGCACUUCAUCUAGCCAGAAUGAUUAAUAGCAACAAUGAUCAUGAAAAUAUGAAAUUUAAAUCGGCAAGCAUCAUCAACGCCGAUGUCAUGCAAAUAUAUGAAGGCUUACCAAUCACUACAAACAAACCAAGUGAAUCCGAAUUACAAGAAAUUGAGCAUCACUUUGUUGGAGAAAAGCAAGGCGUAGUAUCGGAUCGAGCUCAGCUGUACACGGUAUUGAAUUAUAAGAAAGAUUGUCAUGAAUUAUUUGAACAGGAUUUAUUUAAACGAGACGUUGUUCCAAUUAUUUGUGGAGGAACAAAUUAUUAUAUUCAAUCUGUAAUUUUCGAUCAAUACUUGAUUGGAACAGCUGAAGAAUCAAAUGGAUUGGAAUACAAUGAGACAAAAAAGGAUGAAGACAGCGAGGAUUUAAAGAAAUAUACACACGAAAGACUUAAAGAAAUAGAUCCCGAGUCAGCCGCUCUCAUUCAUCCAAAUGAUAUUCGAAAAAUCAAAAAACGAAUUUUAUUAUACGAAAAAGAGCAGCGAGUAUUCACACAAGUCAUUGACUCCAAAAAAGAGGAGCAACGAACACUUAAAUAUGAAACUUUAUUUUUUUACUUGGCAUGUGACAACCGUGGAGUGUUGAGACAAAGAAUAGCAGAUAGAGCUGUGCAAAUGAUGGAAAAUGGCCUCCUUCAAGAGGUAGUCACCUUUCACGAGUAUCUUUUCAAGAAUAAGGACAAGCUGAGCAUUUCAUUUGAGCAUGGAGUGUUACAAUCCAUAGGAUAUAAGGAAUUUCUACCGUAUCUUAAAUAUUUGGAAGAAAUCAAUGAUAUUGGUGACAAAAAUGAAGAGGACGCUAUUCUCAAGAAAAAGAAUGAAUUGAAGCAACAAUGUUUAGAAUCACUCAUUAAUGGUACCUUUAAGUAUGCAAAAAAACAAGAAACAUGGUAUAGAUCCUCAUGGGCUAAUUCAAAAUUACCGCUCGUCAAGCAAGGUAUUCUCUACAAGUUUGAUAUUUCAACAACUCCUGUUGAUGUCAUUAAGGAAAGCGCCUUACAAAUUGCAAAGCACUUCUUGGAAGGUAAAGAAAUUCCUCAAGAUCUCGUCGAAGCAUAUCAAGUUAAGGAACCACAUCAAAAAUCGUCAGACCAGCAAGGAGAUGAAAACAAAACCUAUUGGUGCGAAAAAUGUAAUAGUACACAUCAUGGAUACACUGAAUAUAGAGCUCAUCUCAAAUCAAGACUUCACAAGAAACGAAAAAACAAGUCGGUGACUCCAGUUGUGAAUGAGAGAAAUAGAGAGGACAUAAGUGAAUCCAAAAUUCCUAAAGGAUCAAGUAGCGAGAAUGAAUUUCUCACCACUACGACAACAGCAGACAUCAUAGAAACUUCUUCUGAUCAAGAAAUUAGUUCGAACCAUUCAUUUCAAGAAAGCCCAAAGCCGAACGUCAUUGAAAAAGAGGUCAAUCAAGAAUAA